AUGGACCCGCAGCCCCCUCCUCCUGCGCAGGGCAGUCCACCACACCGUGGGCGUGGCCGUGGCCGAGGCCGUGGACGUGGGCGUGGCCGAGGCCGAGGUUGUGGCCGAGGAGGCGCGGGGGCGGCUCGGGCUCCCCUGCCCUGCCCGACCUGCGGUCGUCUCUUCCGCUUUCCCUACUACCUCUCCAGGCACCGACUGAGCCACUCGGGCCUGCGCCCCCACGCCUGCCCCCUGUGUCCUAAGGCCUUCCGCCGGCCGGCCCACCUCUCCCGCCACCUGCGGGGCCACGGCCCACAGCCCCCGCUGCGCUGCGCCGCCUGUCCUCGUACCUUCCCGGAGCCGGCCCAGCUGCGGCGACACCUGGCCCAGGAGCACGCAGGCGGCGAGGUGGAACUGGCCAUCGAGCGUGUGACCAAGGAGACCACCGAGUCCAGCUGGAACGCGCAGGACGCGGGCGAGGAGCAGGCCACCACAGCGGCGGCGGCAGGCUCCCCAGAGGAGGCUGCGGCCGAGUGGCCUGAACCGUGGCCAGCCGGGGACGCUGGCGACCUGGCCGCCCCAGCACCACCGGAGCCCCGCGAGUCGGAGGAGGAAGAGGCCGAGGCCGAGGCUGAGGCUGAGGCCGAGGCCGGGGCGGCGGAGCUGCGGGCCGAGUUGGCGCUGGCGGCCGGCCGGCAGGAGGAGAAGCAAGUGCUGCUGCAGGCCGACUGGACCCUGUUAUGUCUGCGCUGUCGGGAGGCCUUCGCCACCAAGGGCGAGCUCAAGGCACACCCCUGUCUGCGGCCCGAAGGCGACCAGGAGGGCGAGGGCGGGCCACCUCCACGGCCCAAGCGACACCAGUGCCCCAUCUGCCUAAAGGCCUUCGCCAGGCCCUGGUCACUGUCUCGACACCGGCUGGUCCACUCCACCGACCGGCCCUUCGUGUGCCCGGACUGUGGCCUGGCCUUUCGUCUCGCCUCCUACCUCCGUCAGCACCGCCGCGUGCACGGGGCGCUCAGCCUGCUGGCCCCGCUGCCCGGCAAGAAGGACGACAAGGCCGCGGGGACGCGGACCUCAGGGAAGGGGCCCGAGGGCAGCGCGGGGGCUGAAGCGGCCUCGGAGGGCGGCGAAGGCGGCCAGAACGGAGGGGACACGGCGCCGGCCCGGCCCCCCGCAGGGGAACCCCGAUUCUGGUGUCCCGAGUGCGGUAAAGGCUUCCGACGCCGGGCGCACCUUCGACAGCAUGGGGUCACCCAUUCGGGAGCGCGGCCCUUCCAGUGCGUGCGCUGCCAACGCGAGUUCAAGCGGCUGGCCGACCUGGCCCGGCACGCGCAGGUGCACGCCGGGGGACCAGCGCCGCACCCCUGUCCCCGAUGCCCGCGCCGCUUCUCCCGCGCCUACAGCCUCCUGCGUCACCAGCGCUGUCACCGCGCGGAGCUGGAGCGCGCUGCCGCGCUACAGGCACUUCAGGCCCAGGCCCCUCCGCCUUCACCGCCACCCCCGCCCCCGCCGGCUGAGCAGGAGGAGCCCGGGGGGCUGCCACUGCCGGUGGAGCACAUCAAAGAGGAGCCCCCCUCCCCAGGGCCCCCACCCCGCUCCCCACCAGCACCCCCUGUCUUCCUCAGCGCCUCCUGCUUCGACAGCCAAGACCACUCCGCCUUCGAGAUGGAAGAGGAAGAGGUCGACAGCAAAACCCACCUGCGUGGGUUGGGGGGCUUGGCCUCCUGA